GCGUUUAGCCACCAGCUUUACGCGGUUCGGAGAGGAGGUGUGUGCGUCCCAGCGAGUGCUCCGUGCCAGCUUCUAAGGUUCUUGCUUUUCCACACCCAGAAGACAGUGCCCGAAGCCAGGGACACCAGCCAUGCGCCAAACAACUGGGCCUCAGGUUUUUGUGUGGACAUAAACUUUCAGCUCAUUUGGGAAGACACCAAGCACGUGAUUGCUGGAUCAUAUGGAGUCUGUGACCUUUGAGGACGUGGCUGUGUACUUCACCCAGAACCAAUGGGCCAGCCUGGACCCUGUGCAGAGGGCCCUGUACAGGGACGUGAUGCUGGAGAACUAUGCAAAUGUGGCCGCCCUGGUGGCAUUUCCAGCCCCCAAGCCUGAUCUGAUCUCCCAGCUGGAGAGAGGGCGCGCACCCUGGGGCCCCGAUCCUUGGGAAGCAGGGGUUUUGCGAAGCAUCUGUCCAGGUGACGAGUCCUGGAUCAAGGAUGAAGAGCCUGCCGUAAAGCAGGAAGCAUCCGGAGAAACAGAGCGGCUCGGAGUGCCGGGAGGUGGACUCAGAAAUGUUUCUCAGCGCCUUGAAUUUAAAAGCAAGGCCACGUGGCCCACUUUCAGCCUGAACCCGAAUCUGAUACUUCGAGGGGGAAUGAAGUUCUAUGAGUGCAAAGAAUGUGGGAAAAUCUUCAGGUACAACUCAAGGCUCAUUCGGCAUCAGAUGAGCCACACCAGGGAGAAGCCCUUCAAAUGUAAGGAAUGCAGCAAAGCUUUCAAGUCCAGCUAUGACUGCAUUAUACACGAGAAGAACCACAUUGGGGAAGGGCCCUAUGAAUGCAAGGAGUGUGGCAAAGGUUUGAGUUCCAACACAGCCUUGACUCAGCAUCAGAGGAUCCACACGGGGGAGAAGCCCUACAAGUGCAAGGAGUGCGGCAAGGCCUUCCGCAGGAAUGCAGCCUACCUUCAGCAUCAGCGCCUACACACGGGGGAGAAAAUCUAUAAGUGCAAGGAAUGCUGGAAAGCCUUUGGUUGUAGGUCGCUUUUCAUUGUCCACCAGAGAACUCAUACUGGGGAGAAGCCCUACCAGUGUAAGGAGUGUGGCAAGGCGUUCACACAGAAGGUGGCUUCCAUUCAGCACCAGAGGGUGCACACUGGAGAGAGGCCUUAUGAGUGUAAGGUGUGUGGGAAAGCCUUCAGAUGGUACAGCAGUUUUGUUCAGCAUCAGAAAUUGCACCCCGUGGAGAAAAAGCCUGUCCUGGCGAGUCCCCAGUGCCCCUCUUCAGCCUUGUCGCCGGGUCCUCUCCAGAGCCUGUGCUUGGCUCCCGCCGUGGCCACCCCCUCGCUGACCUUCCCCCAGGCUGUGCUCCUUCCUACCUCUGGGCCUUUGUUUGUGCUGCUGCCCACAUCUGGAAUGCCUUCGCCACCUGUCCAACUAGUGCAGGUCUUCCCGGGCCUUGCUCCCACUGUCAAGCCUUCCCCGGUUCAUCUCGCCUCUCGUGAGCUUUAUCUUGCCACGCCCGUGGCACUCACGCCCAGCAAAUCUCCAACCUAAUUGGAGUUUCAUUUGUAUUUUUUCCUCACCUGACGUGUUUCAGCACACACUGCAUUGUAAUCUAUAUAUUUAAAGAUUGUGUUUAUAUAGUAUGUUGUCUUUUCUUCGGGGGAUGGAAAUACUUGAUCUUUGCCUUGGCCCCUUUCUGGCUUGAAUAGUAAUGGCUGUAUCUGUGGGGGUGCUGGUCGGACACUGUGGUGUUAGAGAAGUUUGGGAGAGAGCACAUCCCUGUGUUAGUCUGUUAGAGAGAAGCAACCUGAGAGAAAUGGAGGAGAGUAGAGAAUUGUAGUAAAUUUGCAACAACAGACUUCAGAAAUGAGUGCAGAUUGUUGAGAAUAGUUCGAGAUGGUGUAGUAAUGCAGUUGAAGUUGCAUUGUCCUUGCUCGGAUCAUUGAGGAUCUCAUACAUCUAUGCCAAAGCUCGCGUGGGAUAACCAGUUUGAUUCUCUGCCUUCCCCCAGACCGGUGUCCGUGGUGGAGAGACUGAGAAGCAGGCUGGCAGAGACCUCCAGGGGACAUCAGACCUGAAUCUAAAGUGUUAACUGUUCCUUAGAGACAAAGCUAUUCAAGAUAAAGUGGUGCUUCCCUAACACUAGUGAGAUUCACCACAGUUGAUGCCACAUUGGUGGGACCAUUAAACAAAUCCACUUAUUCAUUCUCUUAAAAAUAUUGGGUAUCUACUGUGUGCCAGGCACCGUAGGAAAACCAGGGAAAUGAUGGUGGGUGGAUGUCUUCACCCUCCUGAAUCUUACAGUUAUUUGGGGAAGAAAGUGGGACAGAUACUUUAACAAAUUAUUCAAAUGUGAAGGAAAUGUGUGGGGUGUUGUGCGAGAAUCCGGGAAAAAGGAGGCCUGAGGGAACAGCAAAGGUCCUGAAGUAGGAAGACACAUGGCUCACCUCAGAUGCUAAAGGAAAUCCAAUCUGGCGGGGGUGAUAAGUGAGGGAUGGAGAAAAUAGUAUAACACAGCUGUUUUACUAGCUCAACUCACUCAUUACACAGAGAUUCUUCAAGGUCCACCCUAAAGCAAAGAAAUGUGGCCCAAAUAUUUUACCGAAGCAUUUUAUUUUCUAUCUUCAUAUGUACGUACGUAUAGUUUCCUAACUCAUUCCAAAGUAAGUUGCAGGCAUCAUACGCUUCGCCCCGGACUUCUUCAGCUGUGUCUCCUGAGAAUGUAAGGCAAUCCUUCCACAUAAUCACAAUAGCACUCUCACCCAAGAAAAUGUACCACAAUGUGGGGGUACCAUCUAAUUUACAGUCCAUU